GCGCAAUUUAGCACAGAUCCCAACCUUCGGGAAGAUCAGAAGAAGAAGUCCGCCAUUUCCCAAUUCAGAGCUCUGAACUUCACGGCGCUCGCUUGCUCCGACGACGGCGAUACUCUCCAUUUUUCACAGGAAGGAGAUAUUCUGCGAUUUCCAGUCCGCCGGAAUGUAAUUUAUGCAGGCGAGUUCGCUGCGGCUGUAUUUGACGUGCAUUAGGAACACCCUAGAGGCGGCCAUGUGCCUACAGAAUUUCCCUUGUCAAGAAGUCGAGAGGCAUAACAAGCCAGAGGUUGAACUAAAGACAAGCGCUGAACUUCUGCUGAAUCCUGUAAGGUUCUUGUUCUCACAAUGUACGAUGAUGGGGCAUGAUACAUUACACGCCCAUCUAAACUGACUCUAUGCGAUGAAUUUGUAAUUUACUAUUGCAGGUUUUGAUAUGUCGAAAUGAGGCUGAAAGAUGCUUAAUAGAAACAUCGAUCAAUUCAUUGCGACUAAGCCUUAAGGUAAAGCAGGCUGAUGAACUUGAAAACAUACUGACGAAGAAGUUCCUUCGAUUUUUGUCAAUUAGGGCAGAAGCAUUUCAAGUGCUGAGGCGAAAGCCAAUACAGGGUUAUGAUAUAAGCUUUCUUGUCACAAACUACAAUUGUGAGGAAAUGCAGAAGCAAAAGCUCAUAGAUUUCAUUGUGCAAUUCAUGGAGGAUAUUGACAAGGAGAUCAGUGACCUGAAAAUGUCGGUGAACACCAGAGGGAGGCUUGUAGCUACAGAGUUCCUGAAGCAGUUCCUUUGAUCAUUACCGAAUUUCUUCUCCUGGAUUGCACCGCCGCCAUUCAACUUGAUCCUCACAAGCAUGUGGCCUCGUUCAAGCUCAGAUUCAAUCCGGUAAAAUCAGUAAAUCCAGAACCGCGAUAUAAAUUUUUCCCAUGCUCUAUAUCUCGAGAAUCAUGUAACCUAGGAUCAGAAGCAUGUAAUUAAUUGAAGGAGAGUAUACGAUUUUAUUUUAUUACUGUGUUUGGAUCUCUCUGAUCAACCAAAUCAUGUUAGUUUGAGAAGUGCUGGGACAUUGAAUCCGGUCUCUUUGUUCAACCUUCCUUUUUUGUUGGAUGUCCUGAUGAAUCAACAUCAUUUGGAACUGAUAUCACGAGUUGAAAAGGAUACUUACGUAUUCAGUUGUGUCCAUCGCCGCAGAUUAGCCUCUUCUUUCCUGCUUUGCACUGUGGAAUCACAGGAAAUAUGUGUGUUGUUUUUGCCCCAGAUUGAAUGUAUAACUGAUGCAGAUUUUCAGUAGAGCUUAGGUUCUUUGGUUAUGUAAAUGAAUAACGAUAAGCCUG